GCCGCCAUAUUUAGAGCAGGGUCGCCGGUUGAAUGCGAACAUUUAAGCUGCUGCUUUAACACAAUCAAAUACUUUAAAACAGUAUAUUUAUUUACUCUAUCACACCUUCUGCAUCCGUCGGAACCAACGGACGUCACCGCAUACCUUUACCCGCUCCACACCUCCCGAUCCCCGGCUAACCAUGGCAGAUCGAGAGCAUUUGGUUUACCAGGCUAAACUGGCAGAACAGGCGGAGAGAUACGACGAAAUGGUAGAGUCGAUGAAGAACGUUGCAGGGAAGGAUGAGGAUCUGUCAGUAGAGGAGAGAAACCUGUUGUCAGUGGCGUAUAAGAACGUGAUCGGUGCGAGAAGAGCCUCUUGGAGGAUCAUCAGCAGCAUCGAGCAGAAAGAGGAGAGCAAAGGAGGAGCCGACAAACUCAAGAUGAUCCGAGAAUACAGACAAACGGUUGAGAAUGAGCUGAAAUCUAUUUGUAACGACAUACUGGAUGUACUGGACAAACACCUCAUUCCUGCAGCCAACACCGGAGAAUCCAAAGUUUUCUACUACAAAAUGAAAGGUGACUAUCACAGGUAUCUGGCAGAGUUCGCCACAGGUAACGACCGUAAGGAAGCGGCAGAGAACAGUUUGGUGGCGUAUAAAGCUGCCAGUGACAUCGCCAUGACCGAACUCCCACCCACGCAUCCCAUCAGGCUCGGCCUCGCACUCAACUUCUCCGUCUUCUACUACGAGAUCCUCAAUUCCCCCGACCGCGCGUGCAGGUUGGCGAAGGCAGCGUUUGAUGAUGCGAUAGCGGAGCUGGACACUCUGAGUGAGGACAGUUAUAAAGACUCCACGCUCAUCAUGCAGCUGCUGCGGGACAACCUGACGCUCUGGACAUCAGACAUCCAGGGGGACGGUGAAGAACAGAGUAAAACAGCACCACCAGAUGCUGAAGAAGAAAAGCAGUGAGAGAUUCAGCGUUCCCAUGCUCAACCCUUCUGUCUGUCCGUUUGUUUCUCCUUCAUCUCUGCUCAGGGAGAGUUCAGAUGCUCAGCGCUGUUUCUCCAUCUCUUCAUCUCUCUCUCUCCUUCUGCUUUUCUUUCUUUUAUCCUAUCCUUCUCUCACUUCUCUGACCAUCUACGCUAGUUUGGAAGAAUGUUUGCGAAACGAUACGUCUCUUCUGCUCUUUUGUUUGAUGAAAAAUGCAGUAAAAAAAACCAAAUAGUGAAAUUAUUAUCAUGUAAAAUCAUGUUUUCUUACUCUAUCUAUUGAAGUGUGUGAUUAAAAAGCUAUUUUAGCAUCAUUACUCUAUUAUUUAGUCACUUGAUCCUUCAGAAACUAUUUUAAUACACUGAUUUAUGCACAUUUAUUCAUGAUAGCUCCUCAAAUGUAUAAUGUUGCCUCAUAGUUUGGUGGAAACUGAGUUUCUUAGUUUUAUUUGCAAAUGAAUUACGUUUUUAUUUGUGUUUGCUGAAAAAUAGUGAUUAUAGCAUUUGUCUUAUAUUUUUAAAGACAUUUAUAGUUUUGUUUUUAGAUCAGCCUAAUGUGAAAUGACCAGUUUUCACCGUUGAUGAUGAUAUUUUUUAUUCUUAUAUACAUUAUAGAUCGAUUUCUGAAGGAUGUUUUGACUUAAAUAACAAUGCUGAAAUUGUUUUAAUGAAUUUCCUAAUGAAUUAAUUAAAUAUUUGUAUUACAGAAAUGUUUUAAAAUACAUUAAAAUAGAAAAACCAUGAUUUAAAUUGCUUGUUGUAUCCUACAAUAUUGUGCUAUCUUCAAAAUAUUGAGCUUUUACUGCAUUUUUAAUCGAAUGAAUGCCUUGCCGAGCAUAAGAGAUGAUUCACUAAUAUGAUUGAAUUAUUCCAAACCUUUUGACUGAUACUGUAUAUUUUUAGUUGGUUUUAUUUUUUUAAUCUUAACUUUUUUUUAUUAUUAUUAUUAACUUUACACUUGGAUCUUUAUAUAUUAUGCUAGAAAGGAGCAGAAAUGUUUGGCUUUUACUACCUGUUUGCUCCCUUGAGAAUCUGCUUUCUGAUGUCCGCUUUGCUCGUUUGUUUCUCAGUGUUGAUCUGCUGGUUUGGGUUGAGAUUAGUGAACGUUAUCAGAGGUUUAUUUGUCUGACAGGAUGGCGGAGAGUAGAAACAUACGCCGUAUGUGGCAGAAAUGUCUGUUUUAAAGCCAUGGAUUUCUCAGUCUGUGUUUCAGUGGCUGGCUUUUAACGCUUUUGAGAAACGAACGCAACCCCGGCCUCACUCUUACUCAAAGGCUGCUGCAGAAAUAAUGCUAUCAAGCCAUAAAGCUCUCCUGUGUUCGUCUUCGAGAAUGACUGUGUGUCGUUAAAACCAAGACGUUUCUCAUACAAACAGAUGCAUUCGUGGUUUUUCUUCAGUGGAAUAUGAAGCGCAACGUCUAGAUGAGGAUUUCGCUCAUGUUUUUCAGCAGCUAUGUUUCCAUCCAGUUGUUUUGAUGCACAUUUUGGAUUAUUGCGUUGAAUAAACGGCGUAUAAAAAUGCAUUUGCCGCCAUUUCAUCAGGAAGUGACGAAUUUGCUCUCUUUGACUGAUUAGAUGGAAAUUUCGAACAUGUUUUAUGCAGUAUUCCAGUUUGCACAUACAUUUAAUUAGCAUCUUUGGAUGGAAACAUGGCUAAUAAGGUUUCUUGUUUGUCAUAUCUGUAGUUUAGUGCAUUAUCUAACAUUAACUAGCAAUGAGCGAUGCUUAUAAAUAAUUUAUGAAUUUAUCUUAAUGCUAUUUUGAAAAAUGUGCAGACGGGUAAAUAAGAUUUUAGUUUAAUGUGUUUAUUAACAUGAACAAUACAUUAAUUACAGUGUUUAUUCAUCUUCGUUAAUGUUAGUUAAUUAAAAUAAAGUCAUUCAUGUUAAUUCAGUGCAUUAAUUAAUGUUAACAAGCACAACUUUGGAUUUUAAUAAUGCUUUAUUUAAGGUUGAACUAUGAUUGAUUAAAUCUGAAUAAGUAUUAUGUUGGAAAAUACACGAACUGGUGAUCUGAUUGUAAAAUAAUCAUGAGUUAAUGUUAGUUAAUGCACUGUGAGCUUCAAUGAAGAGAGUCUGAAUAAAUGCUGUAAAAUAUCUGGUUCCAUUUGUUAACAUGACCUGCAUCACUUAACAAUGAAAUUCAUUUAUUACUCCUCUUAUUGAAUAUUACUUUCAACAUUUAUUUAACACUUCUAUUUAAUGAACGUUAGCUUGCAGUGGUCAGUUGUGUUUAUAUUACCUGACGCCAAUUAAGAUUAAUAUACUUUAAUGUAGGGCUGCACGAUAUUGGAAACGACUGACAUUGCAGUAUUUAGUAUAUAAUGAUAUCAAUAUCAUUUCUCAUUGAGUAACUGUUGGAGAAGAAUGAAUAGCUUUAGGCGAGUGGAUCUGCAUGAAAUAGGGAUGCACAAUAUUGGAAAAGCGAAUAUAAUUUCUAGGGGUGUAAUGAUACACUCAGCUCACGAUACAAUGUGUAUCACGAUAUUUGGAUAAAAAAUUAAAAUGAAAUGCAAAUAAAAGAGCUAUUAAAAAAAUUACCAAGUAAAUGACCAAGUUUUCAAUGUGUUUCUUUUGUUUCUUUUUGUUGUUCUUUAAGAAAUUAACAAAAUUAAGGAAAAUUUAAGUAAAGGUGCAAAAAUAAAAUAAAUUGCAUUCUAUUCAAGUACAUUUUCUGACGAUUCUGUAGAUGUAAAAUAAAGGUGAAUAUGAGUAGGCUGUUAUUAUUGUUACUUCUCAGACUUAUGGUAAAACAACAAUAAUAUUGUGUGUAGGUCUACUGUUAAAACGCAAAUGGUUAAAAUGCUAAAUAUUGAAUAGACUUUGAAUAAUGGACUUGAACAGACUUUAAAUUUGCCCUGGUCAUUAAUGCACAGUAAAGUGAUGACAUCAGAAUACAACUGUUCAUAACUCUGAAGUUGUAUUAUUAUGUUUGAGACAUAUGCGUGCAAUCUGUCAUUAACAAUAUUAUUUCACAAGAUGUCUCCAUUUGGAAGAACUCAUCCUUUUACAUUGAUUGGGAUGAUGUUUGUUGGAGUGAAUCGUUUUAUUACAGAAGUAUACAGAAAUGUGCAUAUGUUAGAGCUGCACGAUAUUGGAAGAAACUCGCAUUGCGAUAUUCAAUUUCUUUGCGAUACAUGUUGUUGAAUAUGAUUUUACCAGAUGAGUUAAAUGGCUCUAUUUGCGAAGUAUUGAUGAUUUUAGAUUGAUUUAGAUAGAGCAUAUGUGCAUCAAAUGUAAUAAACCAAUCACGAUAAAUACAGCAAAGCAGUAAAGUUAAGAAUUCAAUAAAUGCCCUAGGGUUUUCUGGGAGUCUAGUAGUAUUUAAAUACACAACUUGAAUAAUGUAAAAUGACACUGAAUCAUUUUUAUCGUGUUUAAAUACUGUGCAUGAAUACAAUACAAUUUUUAUUUAAAUUACAAAAAUGAAAGUUUCUUGUUCAUGAAUGCUUUAAACUGGAUUGAAAUGCUCACACAGACCUUAAAAGAACCCAUUUCUUUUGGUAACUUUAUGGUUGAACUUUGCGAUUACUCCACAGUAAUGUGUGUUUUCAAUGUGUGUAGUCAACUAUAUCACGAUUCGACAUUGCAGAUGCACACAUUGAGAUAUCGAUGCUGAAACGAUAUAUUGUGUAACCCUAGUGUGUAUAUAUACAAAACAAAAUUAAUGAAAGCACAGAUGAAAUCAACAGAACAAAAUAAAAAUGAAAUAAACAGCUCUUUAUGCUUUCAAAGUCUCUUUAAGGCAAGUCGUUUCACUCAGCGGACAUCUUUGAACCAGCAGUAUGCUCAGGCAUUCCGUCUGAAUGGGGAAACAUCAAAUUCUCCACAAGUGCUCGUCAAGCUCCUGAUUAACUUCAUAUUAGGGAUCAUCAAUAAAAUGAAACAGACCAUCCUAUAGUUUCAUUUCUAAAUGUUCAAAUCACAGAAAUCUUCAGAAACUCAAGUCUGUUUCGAGCCCCUCCCCUGGAGAAUCGUCAGUCUAAAUCAAUCGAUGAUUGGCUCCUGUAAUAGAAGGCGGGGCUUCAUUUGUAUAUUGACCGUAACACUUAUCCCCAUUCAAAACUACACGAUGUCUCAUGUAUUCCAGAGUCAUUGACAGUAUUUAGGCACAGAAAUUCAGUUAUCGAAUGUAAAAUAACGCAGCCUUCAUUAUAUAAAUAAUUACUUUAAUAAAUAGUCUGUUAAAAUGGCCAACGCAAUUUCUUGAGUCUUCAAAAUCACUUGAAAUUGCUCGACGUCCUGCGAUGUGAAUAUUGGAGAUUGUGAUAUCGAUGCUGAAGCGAUAUAUUGUGCAGCCCUACUUUAAUGUAUCUUUCAUUAUUAACUAAUGAGGCUUUUAUUGUGCAGUUUUGCCAUUUAUUUUAGUGUCUUUAUGGUGUACUUACACAAGUACUGAUUACUUUAACAACUUACGAUUAGUAGGUUAUGAUCAGAUUAUCGUGUAACUAUUAAUUUGACUACUGAGUGAUAUUAAUUAGUGUACUCACUAUAUGGUCAGGGCUAGAAUGUGCAGUGUUUAGGGUUAGAUGCAUGUAAUUAUGCAUAAUUACUAUAGUAAGUACAUGCAAUGUGAAACAAAGACACCUUAAAAUAGUGUUACCAUUGCUUGUAAUGAUGUUAAACACAUGCAACGUAACCAAGACGCUGUGAAAUGAAAUAUUAGCACAUGCUUUGCUCAUUGCUGUGUCUUGUUAGUUAACUGCAUUAACUGAUGAUAACAAAUGAGGCUUUCACUUGGUUUUGAUGGCUGUUUGACACAUUCUGUUGACUUUGCAUCUACAGACUCUUACUACAGUAAAAGUAGACUGGUAGGGUUUGAAUGCUUGGAAAGUCUCUUAUGUAUAAUGGCUAUUGGAAGAUGUUAAUGCCGAAAUUAAAGGGACGGUUCACCCCAGAAAAUUAAAUUUGACUAAUUUGAUCAACUCAAGUGGUUCUGGGAUCCUUUUAUCUAUUAAACACAGAAAAAAAACAAGAUAUUUUGAAGAAUGUUUGGGAUGAAAAGCAGCCGUUGACAUCUAUAGCAGGAACAAAAAUACUACUGAAGUCAAUGGCUGUUCAUUUAUGUGCUGUCCAUGCUUCAGAAUAUCUGCUAUUGUGUUCAAUAGAUGAAAAAAUUAAAUGGGUAUGAACAAGCGGAGGAUGAGGAAAUGAUGACUGUGUUAAAAUAUAAGGGUGAACUGUCCCUUUAAGCAGACAUUUUACUUAAGACUGCACUAUACUGUAGAAAUAUACAGUGUUGUUGAGUAUUGUGAUAGCAAUAGUUCUUACAAUAUAAUCCUUCCCUUGAAAAA